CCGCUCGCCAUGCCUCCUCCAAAUGCCAGCUGGACCCCUUCGCACCCGGCCUUCUUUCUCCUGGUGGGCAUCCCUGGGUUAGAGCGGGUGCAGGGAUGGAUCGCCAUCCCCCUGUGCCUCAUGUACAUCACUGCCACCCUGGGAAACAGCACCGUUCUCUACAUCAUCAAGACGGAGCCCAGCUUGCAUCAGCCCAUGUACCUCUUCCUGGCCAUGCUGGCCUUCACUGAUCUGGUUCUUUCUACGUCCACCGUGCCCAAAACGUUGGCUGUUUUCUGGCUGGGCUCCAGAGCCAUUGAUUUCCACUCCUGCCUAGCCCAGAUGUUCUUCAUCCACGCUUUUUCUUCCGUGGAGUCCGGCGUGCUGAUGGCCAUGGCUCUGGACCGCUUUGUGGCCAUUUGCUUCCCGCUCCAGCACUCUGCUAUCCUCUCCUUACCAGUGAUAGGGAAGCUGGGCGGCCUCAUCCUGUUGCGGGGAGUGGUGCUCAUCAGCCCCUUCUCCUUCCUGGCCAGCAGGCUUCCUUACUGCGACCGCCACGUCAUCGCCCACUCCUACUGUGAGCACAUGGCAGUGGUGAAGCUGGUUUGCGGGAACACCCGCAUCAACACUGUGUACGGCCUCUUUGUGGCCUUCGUCGUGGUUGGAUUUGAUGUCUUCAUCAUUGCUGCCUCCUACGCCAUGAUCCUCCAGGCUGUGCUGAAGCUCCCAUCCAAUGCAGCUCGCCGGAAGGCGUUUGGCACCUGUGCUUCUCACGUCUGCGUCAUCCUCUCCUUCUACAUUCCUGCUCUCUUCACUUUCCUCACACACCGGUUUGGCCAUAAUGUCCCCCACCAUGUCCACAUUCUGGUGGCCAUCCUCUACCUUCUGGUGCCUCCCACUUUGAACCCCAUUGUGUACGGGGUGAGAACCAAGACCAUUAGGGACAGAGUCCUCAGCAUGUGCUUUCUUCUAGGAAGGCAGAGGCAGCUUUUAUGA